AUGGCACGUGACUCGACGAGCCGCAGCAAGCGCGUUGUUUCCGCCGCCGCUGUCCCGAUGUGGAAACUGAGACACGCGCUAUCUGCGAUGCCUUUGCAAAAACCUGGGGGAAUAAUUGCACUACUAGAUGAAGCAUGCAUGUUUCCAAAGUCGACACACGAAACUUUUGCUCAAAAGCUGUACCAAACAUUCAAGAAUCACAAGCGUUUUAGCAAGCCAAAACUCGCUCGAACUGCCUUUACAGUCAACCAUUAUGCCGGAGAUGUCACUUACCAAGCCGAGUUAUUCCUCGAUAAGAACAAAGAUUUAGUUGUUGCAGAACAUCAAGCCCUAUUAGAUGCAUCAAAGUGUCCUUUUGUAGCAAAUCUAUUUCCUCCAAUACUGGUGACUGGUGUCCAGACUGGAUUAAAUGAUGCAGAUCCUAACAAAUCUUGCAGUUCAGAUGAAAAAGCAGUAUGUGCAGCUAUAUGUGAAAAAAUGGGCUUGGAAGGCUAUCAGAUAGGUAAAACAAAAGUGUUCCUCAGAGCCGGUCAGAUGGCUGAGCUAGAUACCCGCCGCAUGGAAGUUUUGUUUAACACUACAAAAAUUAUCCAGAGGAAAAUACAUCCUCGAUAUAUGUUAGUAUUGCCUGUUGCAGCAUGUCUUGCGCGGAAGCUAUAUGAAAGCUUGAGGAGAGAAGCUGCUGCAAUUCACAUUCAGAAAAAUGCAUGUUCUUAUGCUGUGAGAAAAUAUUACACAAAACUGCGGGCAAAUGCAAUAGUCAUCCAAACAGGACUAAGAGCAAUGGCGGCAAAUGUUGAAUAUAGGCAAAGAAGGAGAAACAAGGCUGCUAUUAUCAUACAAGCUGCAAGAGAAACAGGUGCACUUAAAGAAGCAAAGGACAAGCUUGAAAAGAAGGUUGAAGAACUCACGUGGAGAUUAAAUGUUGAAAAGCAAAUGAGGUCUGAAAUAGAAGAUGUCAAAGGGAAAGAAAUCGCAAAGUUAGAAACUGCAUUACAAGAAAUGCAAGAAAAACUUGAUGCAGCCCAUGAGGCAAUCAAGAAAGAAAAAGAAGCUUCUAGGAUCAUAAUUGAACAAGCAGCACCAGUUGUUCGAGAGGUCCCAGUGGUGGACAACACAAAGCUAGAUUUGUUGAGAAGCUACAAUAAUCAGCUAGAGGCUGAGUUAAGUAUAUUUAAGUCCAAAUCUGAGGAAUUUGAGGGAAAAUACAAUGAGGCCCAACAACGGAUAGAACAAUUACUAAAGGUCACAGAAGAGUCCAGCUCAAAGAUCGGCCAAAUGCAGGAGAAGAUACAGAGACUUGAAACAAAUUUGUCUAGCCUAGAAUCUGAGAAUAAGAUUCUUCGACAACAAGCUUUAGUUGCUUCAUCAGAUGAAGAUCUAUCAGCAGUAAUCAAAAGUCGUGAAAGCAAAAUCAGCAUAUUGGAGUCAGAGAAUCAGUUGCAUGACGAUCAGCCUGCUCCAAUUUAUCAACCAAAUGCUAAUUCCAAAACUAUUGAACCGCAAGGAAUCAAGCAACCAGCAGCAGUAUCACAGGUACCAGAUCCAGAAGCACUAGUUCCAGAUGCACCAGCUCUAAGUAAACAGGAGUCUCUAACUGAUCAGCAACAAGAAAAUUAUGAUGCACUUAUCCAGUGUCUUACAGAAUACAAGAGAUUUGAGAACAAGAGACCUGCUGCAGCAUUUAUCGUCUUUAAGUCACUACUCCAAUGGCACUCAUUUGAAGCAGAGAAGACAAACAUAUUUGACCAGAUCAUACAAACAAUCAAAUCAUCUAUUAAGAGCACACGCUUUUCUUCAGCUGGAAUGGGAAUUUCAAAUGGGUACACUGGAAUCAUAAGCAAGUCUAGUGACCAAAGAAGGAUUGAAGCAAAGCAUCCAGCAUUACGUUUUAAGCAACAAUUAACAGCUUACGUCGAGAAGAUCUAUGGGAUUAUCCGUGACAGUCUAAAGACAGAGAUUGCUCCAUUCUUAGCAAUGUGCAUACAGGCACCCAGAUCUUUCAGAGCUAGAUCAAUCAGGGGAUCUGCACAAAGCACUAAUUCCAAUUUGAUAGUGAAACAAACAUCAAGUGCGCACUGGCAAGACAUUAUUAAGAUUUUGGAUCAUACACUAUCUAUACUCGAUGAAAAUUAUGUGCCUAAAAUAAUAAUACGCAAGUCCUUCAGCCAAGUAUUUGCAUUUAUCAAUGUACAAUUAUUUAAUAGUUUGCUACUUCGUCGAGAGUGCUGUUCGUCUAGCAAUGCAGAAUUUGUAAAGGUUGGCCUGAGGGAAUUGGAGCAAUGGUGCUCCAGAGCAACAGAAGAGUAUGCUGGAACCUCAUGGGAAGAACUUCAACACAUAAGACAGGCAGUUGGAUUUCUGGUUUCACAUCAGAAGUCCCAAAAAUCCUUGCAGGAGUUAACAGAGGAACUCUGCAUAGACUUGACUGUCCCUCAAAUCUAUAGAAUCGGUACCAUGUUUUGGGAUGACAAGUAUGGCACGCAUGGACUAUCUCAGGAGGUGAUUACGAAGAUGAAAAUCAUGAUGACAGACGGCACACUAAACAUCACAAACAACACUUUCUUGCUGGACGACAACUCGAGCAUACCAUUCUCUGUCGAGGAGAUAUCUCGAUCGAUGGCCGAUAUCUGCCUCCCCGACGUGGAGUCGCCGCAGCCGCUUCUUCAGCAAAACUCAGCGCUCCGCCUCUUGUUGGAACCGCACAAAGAUUAG